AAGGUGGUUGUUCACAAAUAAUGGAUCAGUAUGGAUUUGGUUGGCCAGAAUCUCUGAACUGUUCCUCCCUCUCAAAUGAGAACUGCUUUGACGCUGGUUUUUCAACCGAGAUCCAGAAUCCUGAUGGUAGUUGCGAAGACAUCAUUCUACCUAUGUGCCUAAAUAUGUCGUACAGUCAAACAAGUUUGCCAAAUGUACUUGGACACACGUCACAAUUUGAUGCAUUGACGGCCAUAAUUGACAAUGUGAUUCUGGUGGGUUGUUCACCUACAAUGCUACCAUUUCUAUGUUCUGUGUAUACUCCAAUGUGCACAGCAGACGGAAGUGCGAAACCUUGUCGUAGCCUGUGUCAACAAACGAUGUACGAAUGCCAACAAUUGUUAACAUUGUUAAACAUUAAGUGGCCAGAGGAACUCGAAUGUUCCCAGUUCACAGAUGAAGAUCCGAGCUGCAUGACAGACAAUGCUACAGCUUCAACGGUACCAACAACCGAAGUAGAAUCCCAAUGCGAACCUCUGAAGA